CACGCUACACAUGCGCGCGCUCGGCACUCACACACACUCACACACACACAGAUUUGGUCCUGUUGGUUGCUUUUAUUUACCCGUCCGCUCCGCUCUCUCUCUGAGGUUUCUGAAGAUUGAAAAUUUGAGCGGAGACCAUCAAACAGGGCGCCAAACUUUUAGGAUUUUUAGAAAAUAUUUUUCUAUUUUUUUCUCUUUGUUUUCUUCCUUUUUUCUUUUUUUUUUUUGUUUGAACUGCUUUAUCAAGAGUCCCAUUGACGGACUCUAGACGCGCGCGGACUGUUUGUUUUUGUUAUUUGUCCAUUGUGUUGUAGUAAAAGUAGCUGUUUUUUGUAUUUUUAAUUUAUUAUAUUAAUGGUUAUUGAUUUUGUGGUGUUGAUUAUUAGUCUGGUAGUUGUCUGUUAGUGUUUUGUGUUUGUGUUGUGGCUGUAGUUGUUGUUGGUUAUUUGUUUGGAGAUGUUUGUUGUGGCGGCCCUGUGCUCCCUCGUGCCCGCCCUGCUCCUGCUGCUGCUCUCCCGCGCGCUGUGGGGGCUGAGGUGGAGCUCGGCGCGCGACAGGAGCUGCACGCUGCCGCUGCCGCGCGGCUCCAUGGGCUGGCCGCUGGUGGGAGAGACGCUGCACUGGCUACUGCAGGGCUCAAGCUUCCACAUCUCGCGGCGGCAGAAGCACGGUAACGUGUUUAAGACGCACCUGCUGGGGAAGCCCGUUAUCCGCGUGACCGGCGCCGAGCACGUGCGGAAGAUCCUGCUGGGUGAGCACACGCUGGUGAGCACGCAGUGGCCCCAGAGCGCGCGCAUCAUCCUGGGGCCGCACACGCUGGUCAACUCCACCGGGGAGCUGCACAGGAAGAAGAGGAAGAUCCUGGCCCGCGUCUUUAGCCGUGAGGCGCUGGAGACCUACCUGUUGCGCCUACAGGACGUGGUGAAGUGCGAGGUGGCGCAGUGGUGCGCGGAGGCGGGUUCAGUGGAUGCUUACGACGCCACCAGGUCCCUCACCUUCCGCGUGGCCAUGCGUGCUCUGCUGGGCCUGCGGCUGGAGGAGCAGCGCAUCGUUUACCUCUCCAAGAUCUUCGAACAGCUCAUGAGCAACCUGUUCUCACUGCCUGUGGACGCGCCUCUCAGCGGCCUGCGAAAAGGAAAAAGAGCACGGGACAUUCUGCAUGCUGCCAUGGAAAACAUCAUUGAGAAGAAGUUGAAGAAGCAGGAGCAAGAGGACGAAUACUGCGAUGCUUUUGACUACAUGCUGAGCGGCGCAAAGGAGAACAGCUACAACCUGACCAUGCAGGAGCUCAAGGAAACUGCAGUAGAGCUGAUCUUCGCCGCUCAUUCCACUACCGCGAGUGCGGCCACAUCUCUCAUCCUCCAGUUAAUGCGGCAUCCUGACGUGGCAGAGCGUGUGAGGGCCGAGCUCGAGGCAGAAGGUUUGAUCACAGAGGCUCGUGGAUCCUGCCGAUCACGCUGUGCCGAGGGUAGUGGCCUGCACUCAAAGGUGGAAAAGUGUGUGGACCAGGAGGAGGUGUGUCCUGAGCUCAAAACCAAACCCCUGCUUGAUAAGACAACCUGUUUGGAGGAAGGUCAUCGCUCGCGGACCCACGUGCCUUACUUGAGCCUGGAGAAGCUGAAUCAGCUCAGCUACCUGGACUGCGUGGUCAAGGAGGUGCUCAGAUAUCUCCCGCCAGUGUCUGGGGGAUAUAGGACAGUCCUGCAAACGUUUGAGCUGGACGGCUACCAGAUCCCAAAGGGCUGGAGCGUCAUGUACAGCAUCCGCGACACGCACGAGACUUCCCCUGCCUUCCAGAACCCGGAGCUCUUUGACCCGGACCGCUUCAGCCCUGAGCGGGAUGAAAGCAGAGCUAGCCGCUUCAGCUACGUGCCAUUCGGAGGCGGCGUGCGGAGGUGCAUUGGCCGUGAGCUGGCUGUGCUUGUGCUGAAAACAUUGUGCGUGGAGUUGCUGGCCACUGCUGAGUGGACACUGGCCACGGAGACAUACCCCAGGAUGCAGACGGUGCCGAUCGUCCAUCCGGUCAAUGGACUGCACGUGAAGUUCAACUACAGGAAUCACGCGAGAAACCGCAGAGAAUCCACUCAUCUGUAGAGGAGAGAAGCCUCAUAUGGACAGAACACCAGCCAACUUCAAUGUUUUAAACUGGACUCUUGAGAGACCGAUCACUGAGGGAGAUCUACAUUUUUUAAAUUUAGAGAUCAAGUCAGUGGUUUUCUUUGUUAACUAACCCGUGAAUAACUAGCCAACUUGCCGAAAAUGCAUGAUCUUCUAACCUAAAGAAACUAAGAAAUCCAAAAAUCAAAAAUGGGCAAAAAAAAAAAAGUUCAGGUUGCAAGAUGGCUGCUACUACUGUUUUUUAGCCAUGUGAUAUACGUUUGUCUAUUUCAAUAGAUGACCGUAUGUCAAACAGUGUCAGAAACAUGGACAUGUGUGCACUUCCAUAGGCCUAGCUAGAGAAAAGCUAACCAAGCCUUUUCCAUUCCACCUAUUGACUGAACCCCAAAUGGCUCCUUAUUGGCAGUAUAGUGCACAUAUUGAGUGUAGAACCAAUGUAGUAGAACCUAUUUACCAAUGUAGUGUACUAUAAAGGGAGCAAAGAGCCAUUUGGGAUUCAGCCAUUGCUUUCCCUUUCUCAUUUAUAUGUGAUAUAUCAACAAAAUGUGCUUUUGUUUGUCAAAUGAAGUAAGAAAUUUUAAUAAGCUCUAUUUAUGUUUCAUUUUAUUACAUAGAGAUAGUAUAGUGAGUAAAGAAAUACAAAAAGCAAUAAAAAGUCAAUAGUUAC